UGUCACGAGAUUCUCGUCUUCAUCCCGGUAGUCUCGCUCUCGCUCGCUGAGAGCUUACGUCACCACCGUUGGUAGAAAAUGGAUUUGCAAAUGGAAGCUGGAGAAAUGAGCACAAUCUGAUCCACUAAAGGUACUUUGACCAUGUCUGAAUCUCUGUAUGAGAAGUUCCUGGCCCCGGAGGAGCCGUUCCCUCUCCUCUCCCAAAGAGCCAACCUGAGUGAUGUGGGGAACCUAGACGUCAGUGACUUCAGCUGUCAGCUCUCAUCAUGUCACAGAACAGACCCUCUACACCGCUUCCACAGUAACAGGUGGAACCUCACUUCUUGUGGGACCAGUGUUGCCAGUUCAGAGUGCAGCGAGGAGCUGUUCUCCUCUGUAUCUGUGGGAGACCAGGACGACUGUUUCUCUCUUCUGGAUGACCAAGAACUCACGUCUCUGGACUUCUUUCCUGAGGGCAGUGUUUGCAGCGAUGUCUCCUCUUCCAUUAGCACUUAUUGGGACUGGUCAGACAGCGAGUUUGAAUGGCAGUUACCAGGAAGUGACAUUGCCAGUGGCAGUGAUGUGCUCUCUGACAUAAUCCCAAGCGUUCCAAGUUCCCCCUGUCUGUUUUCCAAGAGGAAGCCAAAGACCCAUCCACAUCGCAACCUAGAUGAGUUGCCAUGGAGUGCCAUGACCAACGAUGAGCAGGUGGAGUACAUCGAGUACCUCAGCCGGAAGGUGAGCACAGAGAUGGGCCUGAGAGAGCAGCUGGAUAUAAUCAAGAUCAUCGACCCUAAUGCUCAGAUCUCCCCGACCGACAGCGAGUUCAUCAUAGAGCUCAACUGUCUGACCGACGACAAACUCAAGCAGGUGAGAAACUACAUCAGAGAGCACUGCCCGAGGCAGCGGGCCAGCAGCGCCAGAGAGGGCUGGAAGAGGAGCAGUCACAGCAGUGCCAGCACUGGAGGCGUAAGUGGAGCCAGCAGCAGUAAUGCCAGCAUGGUCAGCUCUGCUAGCUCCUCCACUGGCUCUACAGCCUCCAACUCUGUAGCAGGUGGUCCAGCAUCAGCCUGCAGUGGAAGCAGUGUUGCCAACAUUAGCAGAGCUCACAGUGACGGAAACCUCUCCAAUGCUGCAGAGCGCAUUCGAGACUCUAAAAAACGUUCAAAGCAGCGUAAACUUCAGCAGAAAGCGCUCCGUAAGCGUCAGUUAAAGGAGCAGCGACAGGCCCGCAAGGAGCGUCUGAGUGGACUGUUUCUAAACGAGGAGGUGCUGUCGCUGCGAGUGACGGAGGAGGACGACCACACCGAUGAUCUGGACAUACUGAUGUGACAGCAGUGAAUAAAUCAGUGCUCCCUCUACGCCUGUUCUCUCACUACCUUCCAUGGAGCCUAGAGACCAUGUGAAAUGCAAAUCACAAUAUCCAGUAGCUUUAUGAAGUGGUCACGCUUGUGGUGCAUUGUACCAGAGGGAUGUCUAAAGGGCAGUCAUUGCUUGUAGUUCUCAUCUCUUUGCAUAUUAUGAUUGUUCUCCUGUAGCACCACCAGCUCUCAAACCGACCACGCUGCAGUCACCGUUAAGGUAGCUACAACAAAAAUGCUAAAACACUUCAUUCUUGCUUUCUUUUGCAUUGUGAAUGCUUUAACACUAAGACCCUAUUUAUUAGCUUUUACAGUUUCACAAAGUUAGGAAGAGGACUGCUCAUAGAACUGGAGAGUUGAUAUCCACUGCCAAUACUAGGGUAACCACUAGAGGAAAGAUCAGGCCAGACAAACAGAGCUACGAGGAGUGGAUACUUCAUGUCAAAGCCAGGCGAUGGGAUCAGUGCAUCUCUCCCUCACACAGGAGGAGCUCCAUACGAGUUAGCAGUGUUUUAGCUGAUCUGGUGAGGGUGUUCACCUGUACCAUACUCACAUCCACAACAUGCAGGCUCCUUCUGCACAGCUCACCUGCUCAUCCUGCCAUGUGACAUGCUGCAGGCAGCAUUGUUGCAUAAGAUACUUACAGUCUGAUGAUCAUCUGUUUCAUUUGACAAGACAACAGACUAAUAAGAGUGCCCGAAUAGAGACAAAUACAGUGAAGUCUAUACCUCAUGAUGUGUGAGACACUGAGUCUGUCUCAGAGUUUCAAAUACGCCUUAAAUAGAAUCAUACCACACGAUACUACAGAGCAGAAAUCAAACCACCAUGUUGAAGGGUUUCUAAUGUAGGGAGUACACUGCUCUGUCUCUCCAUGUGCUUAGUGUUCUGGCAGCAUUUCACUCCACCAAAGGCUUAGAGGGAGCACUGAAUCAAUGCAUGUUUAAACCGUCUCCCUCAUCCAGUCCCUGUGUUGUCCAAUAAAUAACAGCUUGCAUUAACAUUUGAAAACACUUGUAAAAAUGUAACUUGUGUUGUAUAAAAUGAGACAUUUCUGCUCUGGUUGCUUUAAGGAUAUCCUAGUGAUGAAGGUUUCCUCUCUCUCUCUCUCUCUCUCUCUCCUCUCUCUCUCUCUCUCUCUCUCUCUCUCUCUCUCUCACUCUCUCACUCUCUCACUCUCUCUCUCUCUCUCUCUCUCUCUCUCUCUCUCUCUCUCUCUCACUCUCUCACUCUCUCACUCUCUCUCUCUCUCUCUCUCUCUCUCUCUCUCUCUCUCUCUCUCUCUCACUCUCUCUCUCUCUCUCUGUGCUGUUCUCCUGCUUUAUUUGAGUCUUGUUUUGAAGCAUUUAGCAGAGUUGUUCUCAAGAGAUGGUAGUUCUCUGAGAAAUGUUCUUGUUUUCUAGCAUUCACUUUGUUUCCUGACAGAAGCCUAAAUAAACUGGGACUAUCCAUG